CCCGCCCAAAGAGAAGGUCCGCUCGGCGUCUCGGCGCUCGCUCGCUAGGGUCUGGCCGCCGAAGUCGGCGUGCGCUCCAGGCCUGCUCUCUGUGUUGUGGCGCCGGAGGCAGGCCGCAUGGAGGGGUCGCCGGCCGUCGCGGGCGCGGACGUGUCGCUUCACAAUUUCAGCGCGAGGCUGUGGGAGCAGCUGGUCCACUUCCACGUCAUGCGGCUGACAGAUUCGCUCUUCUUGUGGGUGGGGGCCACGCCGCAUCUGCGCAAUCUCGCGGUGGCCAUGUGCAGCCGCUUUGACUCCAUCCCUGUGUGCACCUCCCUUUUUGGAGACACUUCUGACACGACCUCCACUGGCCUAGCCCAGCGCCUUGCCAGGAAGACCAACAAACAGGUGUUUGUCAGCUAUAACCUUCAAAAUACAGACAGUAACUUCGCAUUACUUAUAGAAAACAGGAUCAAGGAAGAAAUGGAGACUUUUCCGGAAAAGUUCUGAGUGGCAGAAGAAUUUGUAACUUAUGUACAAUGUACAUUUAAAUAAAUAGAUUGAAUUUGGUUUUGUCA